AUGUCUACCGAGUGGAACGUUAUAGUCUAUGAUAAGCCUGGAGCCGACAGAUCUAAGCACAGACCUAGCCAUUUGGCUGCAAUCCCAGAAACUGUUACUAGUGGGAUUGUCAAAUCUGUGGGAGCAAUUUACCAUGAUGUAGAAAAGACAAAAUUCGCAGGGUCAGCUUACCACUUAAUGGCAGAUAGCCGUGAAGAUAUCAUUGAAUUUUUGAAGAAGGACAUUUUCGCUAAGGAGGGUAUUUGGGACUUAGAUACAGUUCUUGCUUAUCCUAUUGGUAUUGCUUGUAGGGUUGCUAAGCCAAUGCCGGGUGUCAACUUAUAG